AUAAAUGAUGCAUUAUAGAUCCUUAUUCCGAUUUUCCCAUUAUCCUGUUCUCCAAUCCUUAUGCGAUCGAGCCGAUCCCAAUCUAUUAGCCAAUUUCGAGUUGAUGAAACAAAGCAAUGAGAGAUUCCUAAACAUCACCAACAAGGUGAUCAAUUAUGGUGGGACAGUGGCUCAUCAAAAGUUGGCGGAGAGAAACAAAGUAGAAAUCCUUAUUGAUCUUUAGUUUCCUGUCAGAGAAAGAAUCACUAGACUGUUGGAUGUAGGAUCUCCAUUCUUGGAAUUAUCUUAAUUAGCAGGAUAUGAAUUAUACGGAAAGGAGGAAGUACCCAGUGGAGGUUAAGUAUAUUUCAAUUGUAGGAAUCGUAACUGGCAUAGGGUUGAUUAAUAAGAGAUUCUGUAUGAUAGUGGCAAAUGAUCCAACAAUAAAGGGAGGCACCUAUUAUCCAAUUACAGUUAAGAAGCAUGUCAGAGCCUAAGAGAUUGCUUGGGAAAACAAAUUGCCAUGUGUCUAUUUGGUAGAUUCUGGUGGUGCUAAGUAAAUAUCCAUCAAUAACAAAAGCUUGAUGAGAUAAGACGAAGUGUUCCCAGACAGAGAUCACUUUGGCAGAAUCUUUUAUAAUCAAGCCAAUAUGUCUGCACAAGGCAUUCCUUAGAUCAGUAUAGUGCUUGGGUCAUGUACAGCUGGAGGUGCUUAGUAAGAUCAUGCAUUUAAGUUUUAGUGUCCCUGCAAUGAGUGAUGAGAAUGUCAUAGUAAGUGGAAAUGGAACCAUCUUUUUAGGAGGUCCUCCUUUGGUGAAAGCAGCCACUGGUGAAGUGGUAUCUGCAGAAGACUUAGGAGGAGCCAGAGUGCAUAGUUUCACUAGUGGAUUGACUGAUCACUUUUGCACUUCAGAAUUAGAAGCCUUGCAAAAAGGUAGAUCAAUAAUUAAGAAUUUGACAACCAAAUAAGUAGGUGAUAUUAGAGAUGACUAACCACUCUAUGAUAUCGAAGAUUUAAAUUAUUUGAUGAGUAGUGAUCUCAAAAAAACUAUGGACAGUCGUCAUCUUAUUGCACGCCUUUUGGAUGGAUCAAGAUUUAUGGAGUUCAAGGAGAAUUAUGGUACUACUCUUAUUACAGGAUUUGGUGAAUUGUAUGGUUAGGAGGUAGGAAUUAUUGCAAAUAAUGGAAUCCUGUUCAGUGAGUCAGCCUUAAAAGGAGCACACUUUGUCAACUUAUGCUAAUAAAGGGGAGUCCCUUUGAUUUUCUUGUAAAAUAUUACAGGAUUCAUGGUGGGUCGAAAAUAUGAGACAGAAGGCAUUGCUAAACAUGGAGCUAAGAUGGUUAAUGCUGUAGCUACUGCAACUGUUCCCAAAUUGACUUUACUUUUUGGUGGAAGCUUUGGAGCUGGUAACUAUGGUAUGUGUGGAAGAGCUUAUGGAGCCAAGUUCCUAUUCUCAUGGCCUAGUAGUAGAAUUUCAGUUAUGGGAGGUGAUUAGGUAUGAUUAAUAUAUCGAAUAUGUUAGGCAGCUGGAGUGUUAACAUCAGUGUAAUAAUAAACCAUUGUUAGAAAUGGAGGAGAGUGGAAUGAAAAGGUCGAGAAAGAUUUAAAAUAGAAAUAUUCCUAGAAAUACGACUAUGAAUCUAGUGCGUAUUAUGCAACUGCUCGAUUAUGGGAUGAUGGGAUCAUUUUACCAACUUAGACCAGACAAACAUUAGGAUUGGCACUUUUAACUAGCAUGCAACAUUAUAAAUACGAAAGAACAGGUCAUGGGGUUUUUAGAAUGUGAAUUUAU